UUGAAAGAAGCAAUGCAGACUUUGUGUUUGAAACGACCAACGAACAGAAAGGCAACACUUUUGUCAACGUUUCCGUCAUCUCCAACCUCUUCCUGAUACUGACAAGGUUCUCCAACUCCACACCUGAUUUAUGCUUUGCUUCAUAUUUCCUGCAGCCACUGGAGGGCAGAGUCACUUCACUGUAAACACGUAUGAGCAUGAACAACUAUUUCAAUGAUCUACUGAACGGACACAACAGGUAGGCAGGGCUUCAUCAGCAGGAACAUGACGGCGCUUGUUGUGGGAUGUGUUUCCAGCAGGAAGUAGCAGCUGCUUGUUGUAUAAAAUAGACUUUGUUCUGGGGGAGAACUGUGAGGAGGGCUAGCGCUGUUCAGCAGAGCGAUGGCAUCCGACGGCCCUUUCCUGGUGGCUGCAGUGACCCUGAUGUCGGCCACACACCUGGGAUACCUGGCCCGGCGGGUCGGAAGGUGCAGGAUCGCUCUGAAGAUCAUGCCUCCUGUGGUCACUGGACCUCCAGAGUUUGAGAGGACUUUCCGUGCACAUCAGAACUGUGUGGAGUUCUACCCCAUCUUCCUGGUCGUGCUGUGGAGCUGUUCUACCUUCUUCAGUGAGCCGGUUGCAGCUGUAGGAGGUCUGGUCUACAUGGUCGCCCGGCACAUGUACUUCAACGGAUACGUCAAGUCCACCAAGAAGAGGUUACCGGGUUUUAUUCUGACUCUGGCUGUGUUGUUCAUUCUGUCUCUGCUGGCUUCCAUCGGAGUACUGCGUGGAAUACUGCACAAGUACUUUAACAUCCACCUCUGAAGAUUUUACGUCCAGCACCGAACUAUGUGGACCAGCAAAUUAAAUAAAUGAGAGUUUAAUGCUCAUCUUUUUUGAA